AUGGACAGGAUCCCGCGUUUCCACGCACAUCAUCCGGACAAAGACACCAUCUCCCGCCUUUUAUUCUCAAAGAUCUCGGCCAUCAAUCCCACAGCAGACAAGAACAGAUUUCGCGUGUUGAUACCCGGAUUGAGAGGCUAUCCAAGGUCGCCGGGUGCCUACGUAACCCACGCGUGGGCCCCCGUCCAGGCACAUCUCGAAGUUGACUUGGAGAAGGACUUGCCGGAUGAGGUUUCGUGUGGCUUUGAAGAACUGCGAAGGGAUAUUUUGAGCUUCAGCAAUGGCGAUGAGAGGGAUCAUGGCAAGAUGGGAGUGUAUGUUGAUGUGGUCAUGACAUAUGGGAUCAGAGGAGAGUACUACACCGAACUACAACACCGUGAUCAGUGCGGAGCUGCUUUUGAGAGGGAACUGGUAGGGAUAGCGUGGUGCGCAUGA